CGACAACGACAUCUUCAGUCAUGCACUGAGUGCAGAAGGCGCCGCUGCUGAAGAUACUCAACCAGACAACAGCCACAGUGGCAGCCAACGCGUGCUGCACACAGACCUCAAACAGGAGACGGCCAGAGACGUGGCGUGCUUGUUUCUACAGCACUGGUAUGAGAUACGUCCCAUGGAUUGGGAGAGGCCCGAGGUCAAGGCGCUGUGGAAUAAGUUUCUGGGCGACGUGAAAGAGCCGCACGACCCACGACUACCUGCAUGUUUGGCGGAGGUGGAAGACCUCCGCAACAUGGCGUACGGCUUCGACAUAAAGGUGGUUAACAGGAAAGUGCUCGCGGAACAGUUCUGUAUACUGCUGUUCGACGAUGUGGCGAGUGUGUCGCUCGCUGAGUUUGCCAGUAAGGGAUGGCUCAAACGGCACAGGUGA